GCCUUUGUUGCUAGCGAGCUCUUAUUACCUUUAUGUGAUUAAGGGCAAGGGGCUGAAGAGAGAGGCCGGCGUGCGUGUGCGGCAGCGCAGCUCUCUUGCCUCCCCGCGCUGGUAGGGGUACGAGCGGCUGGUGGCUCCUCUCGCCGCAGCUGUGCGUGCCGGUGCGCUGCGCUCCCCUCCGCCCGCAGCGGCCGCUUUCCUGCGGGCGAGCGGCGGCGUGUGCCUACUCGCGCGGGGCUCUGCCCGUCCCGCUCCCCGGCCGGGGGUGCGCGGGGGCGCCUCCCGGCGGCCCCUCUCCGCCGGUUGCCAUGGUGCCGCGGCCCGGCGUGCUGUGGGCAGUGGCGGCGGCGGCGCUGGCGCUGCUGGUCCGGCGGGCGGCGGCGGCGCUGGCGGGGCCAGUGGUCCGCUGCGAGCCCUGCGAUGCGCGGGCGCUGCAGCAGUGCAAGCCCCUGCAGGCUGACUGCGCCGAGCGGGUGCGGGAGCCGGGCUGCGGCUGCUGCCUCACCUGCGCCCUGCGGUCGGGGCAGCCCUGCGGCAUCUACACCGAGCGCUGCGGCGCCGGCCUCAGCUGCCAGCCGCGGCGGGAGGAGGCGCGGCCGCUUCAGGCGCUGCUGGAGGGCCGCGGGCUCUGCACCAACGCCACAGCGGGCGGCAAGCUGCGGGCCUUCCUCCUGCCGGGACCGCACGCUGCAGGAAAUUCCAGUGAUUCAGAAGAAGAAGACCGGAGUACGAGCAGCAUAGAAAAUCAGGCCAUCCCAAACUCUCAGAGGGUGCCAGAUUCCAAAUCGCAUCCACCGCACAUCAAAAUAGAUAUCAUCAGGAAAGUGCAAGCCAAAAAUACGCAGCGCUAUAAAGUGGAAUAUGAUUCGCAGAGUACGGAUACACUGAAUUUCUCCUCUGAAUCCAAACAAGAGACUGAAUACGGUCCCUGUCGUAGAGAAAUGGAAGACACUUUAAACCACCUAAAGAUCCUGAAUGUCUUGAGUCCCAGGGGCUUUCAUAUUCCAAAUUGUGACAAGAAGGGGUUCUACAAGAAAAAGCAAUGUCGCCCAUCCAAAGGCCGAAAGAGAGGUUACUGCUGGUGCGUGGAUAAAUACGGACAGCCACUUCCUGGGUAUGAUGGGAAGGGAAAAGGAGAUGUCCACUGCUAUAACUUGGAAAGCAAAUGAGGACUGGGUGCCAGCUCUUCUGGCAUCUGCGCGUGGCCGCUGGAUCUCGCAGAGACCUUGGAGGGGCUGGGCAAACACUGUGGACUGCGUUGCGUGUGGAGGAAUGAGCUCUGCCUCCUGCGGCGGGUGAAGAGUCGCAGCCUCUGUGGACGCUGCUGCAGCUGCAUCCCGCCACUAACACGCAUUGGGCUUCCUAUAGGACAUGUAGGGAGCUCUGAAUUCCCACAUAAACCUGCACUAUUGAUACCCAGAGAGAGAGAAAAACACAAGGCACUUCAGACUGGAUUCAGGGAGUCUCCACUGACUUUUUAAAGAACGGCCUGUGACCAAUUUGAUCCCGAAAGAUACUGUUUUUUUAUUUUAAAGAAUUUAUAGAUUGUAAGCUUGUAAAAGUAUUAAAGAAAAAAAACCGAAAAAAACAAACACCACAAAAAAACCACAAGGAUUUAAAGGUUAAGCUUUUUUACAGAUCUGACGGGAAACUUAUCUUCACGGGUAAAAAGUUUUAUAAAAAUCUCAAAGAACUUUUUAAAGAAAUAGAUUUCUAAAAUAAAGACAUGGCUAUUUUUUCUGUAAAAUAUAUUAUGAAUAUUCUGUUAGUCUGUAUUUAAUAUAAUUGUUUUUUAAUAAACUUUAUUUAAGUGUAA